UAUCGGGUCAGCUAGAAACACUUCUGCCCGAUGCAUAGCGGCCACCUCUAAACAGCUGAGAAACAUUUGUUUGUAAAGCGAAGAUCACAACAACAACAAAAAAAAAAAGAUUCUGUAAAUGGAUAAUUUAGGUAACGUUAGUGUCAAGUCGAACCGAUGGCGUAGACUGCUCAGGUGGCAUGGACAAAAGAUGAAUGAGGAGGGCAAAGAUGGAGGCAAGGAUGGAGAGAAAAAAAACUCCUUUUGGAACAAGAAGUUUAACUUCAAUUGGAGAGAGUGGACUAUUGAUCCUGCAGAGCAUUUUUACUACAUCUGGUUACAAGUGAUGAUAGUGCCCAUUGUCUACAACUGGGUAAUCAUCAUCUUAAGGACCUGCUUCACAACGAUUGGGCUGAACUAUCUUCCUGUGUGGCUCACGCUGGACUAUGUGUCAGACCUCAUGUAUGCCGCUGAUAUGACCGUCACUCUUCAUACUGGCUUCCUGGAUCAAGGAAUCCUCAUCACGAACCUGACUCGCUUGAGGAAGCGCUACCUGCACUCCAAACAGUUCCUGUGGGACUUUGUUUCCCUGCUGCCCACUGACUUCCUCUACUUUGCCUUUGGCAUUGAAACUCCCUUAGUGAGGAUCAACCGCCUUCUGCGUAUUCCACGGCUCAGUGAGGCCUUAGAUCGCAUGGAGACAAGAACCUCCUACCCCAACACUUUCCGCAUCACAAAGCUCAUGAUCUACAUCUUUGUGCUGAUUCACUGGAAUGCCUGCCUCUACUUUGCACUGUCUAAUUACAUUGGCUUUGGAAGUGAUCGCUGGGUCUACCCCAACAUCUCCAACCCGACGUUUGCCUCCAUGCGGCGCCAGUACUUUUAUUGCUUCUGGUUCUCGGCCCAGAUUUUCACCACCGUAGGGGACACCCCUCUGCCAAGCAGGGAGGAGGAGUACUUAUUCAUGAUUGCAGACCUGCUUAUAGCUGUGCUGGUGUUCGCAUCCAUCGUUGGGAAUGUUGGGAAUGUCAUCACGAGCUUGAGGGACAGAGACAAUGUCUUUUUCCCCAACCAUGAGUUGGUAAAAGCGUACCUGCGUAGCCACCACAUUAGCAAGGAACUUCGCCAGCGCAUCGACAACUGGUAUCAGCAUCUUCACAUCAACAAGAAGAUCAUGCGGGAGAAUGAAAUCCUGCAACAGCUGCCGUUACACAUGAGAACAGAGAUCGCCGUCAGCGUCCACCUUCCAACACUUACUAAAGUUACCAUCUUCCAGAACUGUGAGACGAGUCUGCUGGAGGAGCUGGUCCUUAAACUCACACCUCAGGUGUUCAGCCCAGGAGAAUAUGUUUGCAGGAAGGGAGAUGUGGGUCAUGAAAUGUACAUCAUCAAAGAAGGGAAACUGGCAGUUGUGGCAGAUGAUGGUGUCACAGAAUUUGCCGUGCUGGGUGCGGGAAAUUUCUUUGGAGAAAUUAGUAUCCUAAACAUCAAAGGUAACAAGUUGGGUAACCGUCGCACUGCCAACAUCAAAAGCAUCGGCCACUCUGACCUGUUCAGCCUGUCCAAAGAGGACUUGACUGAUGUGCUGUCUGAGUUUCCUGCAGCCAAGCGUCACCUGGAGGAGAAAGGCCGGCAGAUCCUUGUCAAGAUGGGCAUGUUGGAAGAAAGGACUGACGUGGUGGAGCCGGAGGCCGAAAAAGUUGAAACAAAGAUAAAAAGGCUGGAGAGCAUCCUGGAAGAACUGCAGACCAAACUAGCUCGUCUCAUGGUGGAGUUGGAGUCAAGCAACAGGAAGAUGAGGGCCAGAGUGGAGCAGCUGGAGCUGCGGGUUGCAAUGCUGGAUACUCAGCUGCCACAUGAUGGACAAGGAGGAGAGGGAUCACUGGGAAGAGAAGAGGGUGUUGGAGGAGAAGCUGACUGGGUGCGAGAGGAGGCAGAGGGAGAGGAGGAGAAGGAUGUAGAUGAAAAGGGGAAAACACAUGAUGAUGAUGAUGACGUGACUAAGGAAGGGGACGGCGAGAGCACUAAAAGUGCAAAGGACGAAGGUGACAGAGUAAUGGAGGGAAAUAAAUUUGUCAUGAAGGAUGCAAACAGUCUGAAAGAUAAUAUACAUGAUGGAAAGAAAAUCAGAGAAAAAGCAGACGACAGGCCUGGGAAAGGUGACGGAGCUGAGAUUGAAUCAAAUACUGAAAAAGGAGACACAUCUGGUGAAGGAGAAGAUGAGGAGAGCACAACAAAGACCAAAAGAGAAUCGGAUGAAAAAUCAACACAGGACUGAGAUUAAAACUAUAUAUAUAUAUAUUUUUAUAUAUAUAUAUAUACACACACACACACACGUUUGCAGAGGGCAGUGUGCAUGAAACGUUUGUGAAGGACCACGGAGAGGAAUAUUCUAAAUAUAUCGUGGAGGCUUUUUCACCUCACUAAAAAUACCGCUGCAAUACAUCAACCAUCCGCUAGAUGACAGCAUUGAAUUUCCCCGCAAUUUCCCGCAAGACAAAUUUAACACCUUAACUUAUUGUAACAUUCUGUCGUGUUUCUCGGUGCGUCACAAAAAUCCCAUAUGUG